AUGCCACAGGAUCUUAUUCGCAAGGAAUGCACCAUACGAGAGAUCAAGCUUAACACGCGGACAAACAAGGCCGAUCGCAUAAAGUGCCUCCACCGGUUUGAUGAGCUGGUAAACAGGGGCGAAGACCCUACAUCUGCAUCGACAAUGGCUGCUGGCAACACCCGUCGUACCAGGCACUGCAUGUUCCGCUUAGCGAAUGUCGUGCUGUCCAAGGAUAUGGUGACAAGACUUGUUGAGGUUACGGAAAAGAACGUUGAUCGAGCUGAUUUAGACGACCCCCAGUUUUCUGAGAAAGCUCUUUUCUGGCGCGAUGUUGAAACAGCGUACAAAGAGAACGACGAGGAGUAUAGUGGACUGAUCGCUGACGAUGUCGACUUCGUGGGAAUCACCCCGGAAACCAUUGUACCGCAAAAUGCCGCAAAGUUGGAAGAGCUUUGGAGGGAGCUGACGUCCUUCUUCAGUAUCUCCAAAGCCAACUUUCGUCUAUCCGGGACCUACAAUCAGGAAUUCAAGAAGUUUACGCAUGGCAAAGUCGAUGUGCUUUAUUUGUGUUACUGGACCAAGGUAGAAGUUUGGGCUUUAGUUUGUUUGCUGUCAUACGUUGUAUAA